AGCAGAGUCGGCACUCAGAGUGACAGAGAGACAGACACCAUGUCUCCAUCCCAGUCCUCAGUACUACUACUACUGCUGGUCUCCGGCUCCUGGGCCUCCCACUUCUACGGAGGAACCAUGACCUUCGACCCCAGAGGGAGCAACCCAAACGGAACCUACAGGGUGGACCUUCGCUAUAAGACCGGAUUUCACAGCUGCACCGUUACUGAUACCUGGCUUUGUGUCAGUGGGGACUGUGGGACUCGGACUAGUCUAGCGGUUCAGACAGUGGACCGGGAGAUAUCCGGAGACUGGUGUCAGACAGAGGGACGCAUGACUAGACACGUCUCCAAUAACACACACACUUUUGAUCUUCGUAUGGACGGGGGUAACUGGAUAUCUACCAGUAAUAACGUUGUUGGUUGGAGGCUGUUGACUCAUGUGGAUCUUGGGGUCAGGUCUGACACAGGGAAAGCCAACCGAUCUCCACAGACCACCGUCAUACCUCUGAUGCGUGUCCCAGUCAAUUGUCGAAGAGACUUCAACAUGCUGUCCUUUGACCCAGAUGGGGAUGGGGUCAGAUGCAGAUAUGCAGUACCAACGGAUGAGUGUGUCACAUCUAGUAACCUUGCCGGUGUUAACUUCACUCUGCGAUGGGACUGCACCUUGUCGUUCUGGAGCAACACGAAUACAACUGGAACAUACGCAGUUCAGAUGAUGAUGGAGGACUUCCCUACUCAGUCCAUCUCUCUCUCCUAUACUAAUGGAUCUCAAUCUAACAGGACCUCUGGCCAAACACUCAGCAAACUGCCUGUUCAGUUUGCAAUGACAGUCGACCCCGUGGUGCCGUCCUGUACGGAGGGGGUGUACAUACCCAUGUUCCUGUCUCCAACGCCAGCCCAGGGAGCACUGCUCUACGCCUCCGCAGACCAUCCCCUGGAGAUCAGUGUCAGAGCACAGGCUACCCACUCCACGGUUUCAGAGCUGUUGAUGAGUGGACCUGGCAACAUCAGCGAGAACACCACUAGCCCAGGAGAGCACCUUCUAAGAUGGACGCCUACUGACGAUGAGGAGGGAGGGUACUAUCCUGUGUGCUUCAUUGCUCAGGGAGUGCUCGGCAGUUCCAGGUAUCAGUCUGAGCUGCGCUGUGUGAUCGUCAGCGUUAACUCAAGUGCCAUCACAACCACACCGAUUACAGCUACAUUUCCAACUACCACCCAACCAACUAGUGACUUCACAACAUUCAGUACAAACCCAACCACCGAUCUCACCACCAACAAUGUGGACAAUACAACCAUGAGUAAUGGGCCUAGUAAGUACGGUGUUACAAACCAAACCACCGAUCUUACCACCAACAAUGUGGACAAUACAACCAUGAGUAAUGGGCCUAGUAAGUACGGUGUUACAAACCAAACCACCGAUCUCACCACCAACAAUGUGGACAAUACAACCAUGAGUAAUGGGCCUAGUAAGUACGGUGUUACAAACCAAACCACCGAUCUCACCACCAACAAUGUGGACAAUACAACCAUGAGUAAUGGGCCUAGUAAGUACGGUGUUACAAACCAAACCACCGAUCUCACCACCAACAAUGUGGACAAUACAACCAUGAGUAAUGGGCCUAGUAAGUACGGUGUUACAAACCAAACCACCGAUCUCACCACCAACAAUGUGGACAAUACAACCAUGAGUAAUGGGCCUAGUAAGUAUGGUGUUACAAACCAAACCACCGAUCUCACCACCAACAAUGUGGACAAUACAACCAUGAGUAAUGGGCCUAGAUACGUUGUUGGACUGAGGAUGAAACUGUCCUCUCUGACAUCAUUAACAGAUGAUUACAUCAGAGAAACGGUCUUACAGAAGCUCCGUGAGGAACUGAUCAGACGAGGGCUGUCGGGGGACAUCACGCUACGCCUGAGAGCCAGUCAAGAGAUCAGCCCCUGAAGGACUUUCUUGCACUCAAUUGUCUUUUGUUCCUGGCACUGAUUCUGCAGACAGUGGUUCUUUUGAAGAAGAAGGGUUUACUUGACUGUAUAUGGAGGCUGCUGAGGGGAGGCUCAUAAUAACGGAUGGAAUGGAGUGUAAAGGCUGGAAUGGAGUGUAAAGGCUGGAAUGGAGUGUAAAGGCUGAAAUGGAGUGUAAAGGCUGGAAUGGAGUGUAAAGGCUGGAAUGGAGUGUAAAGGCUGGAAUGGAGUGUAAAGGCUGGAAUGGAGUGUAAACACAUAACUGUGUUUGAUACUAUUCCAUUUACUCCAUUUCGGACAUUAUUAUAUGCCGUCCUCCCUUCAACAGCCUCCAUUGAUGUUACAUACAUGGUAUGGUGUGAGAUUUUAGUUCUGGGUUGUCAAUAUUUGUUUUUUUUACCUACCUUAGUUGAAUGUUCUGUCUGUAAGUCGCUCUUGAUAUCUGUUGAUUAGUUAUAUUAGUUAUUAGUUAUAUGAGUUAUUAGUUAUAUGAGUUAUUAGUUAUAAGAGUUAUUAGUUAUGUGUGUGUGUCUCUAUAAGUAUUGUUCUUCUCAGUAUAUAUUUUGUUAUGAAUAUGUUGUACUGAACAAAAAUAUAAACGCAACAUAUAAAAUGUUGGGCCCAUGUUUCCAUACUCACAAAAUGCUUGUUUCUCACAAAUGGCUUUUCUCAGAAAGGUGGUGUAGUUAUGAGAGAAUUAAGUCAAGGUCGGAAUACGACCUUUAACCUUUGUUUAUUUGAACUCCGCCCCGAACGAAUAGCGACUCUAUUCUCAUGCUUAAAUUUAAGGUCAGAAUAUGUGUAGAGAGACAAGUGCAUCAAAGGGAAAUUACAUUCCAUUUACACGUGCUUAACUCAGGUCAGAAAUUCCACCUUACAUGAUUGUGGGAUACUACACUGUGUAGUAUAGUAUUCUACAGUAUACUACAAAAUAGUAAAUACUAUAAUAUUCUGUAGUAUUUAUAUGGGUUGUUCAGCUGUCUGAGCUGCUGCCUCUGGAACGUACUGUAUACCACUAGGCCCACUGCUAUUUAAACACCUCUCUGUAGAUGGCGGGUGGCGGGUAACCUAGUGGUUAGAGUGUUGGACUAGUAACCAGAAGGUUGCAAGAUCAAGUCCCCGAGCUGA